AUGUCGCUGCUCAAGAAAAGAAAGCUUGAGUCAGGGGGUGCCGGUGAGAGUGGGGAGGGGAUUGACGAGGAAGAUGGCGGAGAGCAGGAGGCGGUCCCGCCACGACCCCGAAAAACUAAACGGGAGCGAGACCAGCUGUAUUAUGAGUGCUAUUCGGACGUAUCGGUCCAUGAGGAGAUGAUCGCCGAUCGAGUCCGCACCGAUGCCUAUCGCCUGGGGAUCCUGCGAAACUGGUCAGCGUUGCGAGGCAAGACGGUGCUUGACGUGGGUGCGGGCACUGGCAUUUUAAGCAUCUUCUGUGCCCAGGCGGGGGCCCGGCGCGUGUACGCCGUGGAGGCCAGCGCCAUCUGGCAACAGGCCCGGGAGGUGGUGCGGCUCAAUGGACUGGAGGACCGGGUGCACGUCCUGCCCGGGCCAGUGGAGACGGUGGAGUUGCCGGAGCAGGUGGAUGCCAUCGUGAGCGAGUGGAUGGGCUACGGGCUCCUGCACGAGUCAAUGCUGAGUUCCGUGCUCCAUGCGCGGACCAAGUGGCUCAAGGAGGGCGGCCUCCUCCUGCCGGCGUCUGCUGAACUCUUCGUGGCCCCCAUCAGCGACCAGAUGCUGGAGUGGCGCCUGGGCUUCUGGAGUCAGGUGAAGCAGCAUUACGGCGUGGACAUGAGCUGCCUGGAAAGCUUCGCCACCCGCUGCCUCAUGGGCCACUCGGAGAUCGUGGUGCAAGGCCUGUCUGGUGAGGAUGUACUAGCCCGGCCGCAGCGCUUUGCUCAUCUGGAGCUGGCCCGAACUGGUCUGGAGAAGGAGCUGGAGACUGGGGUGGGUGGGCGCUUCCGCUGCAGCAGCUAUGGCUCGGCGCCAAUGCACGGCUUCGCCAUCUGGUUCCAGGUGACCUUCCCUGGAGGGGACUCCGAGAAACCCCUGGUGCUGUCCACCUCGCCGUUCCACCCGGCCACGCACUGGAAGCAGGCACUUCUGUACCUCAACGAGCCUGUGCAAGUAGAACAGGACACGGACAUUUCUGGAGAGAUCACGCUGCUGCCCUCCCGGGAUAACCCCCGGCACCUGCGCGUGCUGCUGCGCUACAAAGUGGGAGAUCAGGAGGAAAAGACCAAAGACUUUGCCAUGGAAGACUGA